CGCCAAAAUUAAGAAAAAAUUUCCCUUAUCUCGUUUGGACGGAUUUCAUGUCUGCGUUACUAUAAAUUCAAUUAUCAGUCGCCAAAAUACAUCAUCCAAUAGCAUCUUCGCUAUUUCUCUUUAUCUUUCUCGGAUAUUCUCUCCAUCUUCUUGCCUAAUAAACUUAAAAGGAGCUUCAGUUUUAUCUCAUCUUACCCAAAAGAAAAAAAAUGUCUAAGGAUCUGAUGCGCGCCAUUCAAUAUAGUAAAUAUGGCGGAGGAGCUGCUGCUUUGAAGCAUGUUGAAGUACCGAUUCCCACUCCAAAGAAAGAUGAAGUUUUGAUAAAAGUAGAGGCAGCUGGUAUAAAUCCAAUUGACUGGAAAAUACAGAAAGGGAUAGCGCGGCCAUUUUUACCUCGCAAAUUCCCCUUCAUACCUGGUACCGAUGUGGCAGGAGAAAUCAUAAAGGUUGGACCAGGAGUCAAGAAUUUCAAAGUUGGGGAUAAAGUUGUGGCUGUACUUGGUAAUGGAGGUGGACUAGCUGAAUUUGCUGUGGCUAAGGAGGGUUCGACAGUUGCAAGGCCUUCAGAGGUAUCAGCUGUUGAAGCUGCAGCUUUGCCUAUUGCUGGCCUUGCAGCUCACCAAUCACUCACCAAGGCUGCUGGGGUCAAGCUUGAUGGAAGCGGCCAGCAAGUAAACAUCCUGAUAACUGCCGCUUCAGGUGGUGUAGGUCAAUAUGCAGUUCAACUCGCAAAGCUUGGAAACACACAUGUGACAGCCACUUGUGGGGCUCGUAACAUUGAUUUAGUCAAGAGCCUGGGAGCUGAUGAGGUUCUUGACUACAAGACUCCUGAUGGAGCGGCUCUGAAGAGCCCUUCUGGUCUCAAAUAUGAUGUAGUGAUCCAUUGUACAACAGGCAUUCCUUGGUCUACCUUUGAGCCCAAUUUGAGUUCAAAUGGGAAGGUAGUAGAUACUACUCCUGGUGUUAGUACUUUGAUGAGUGUUGCUGUGAAAAAGCUUACAUGCUCCAAGAAGCAGUUGAUACCAGUUUUUACGGACCCUAAGAAAGAGAACCUUGAGUAUCUUGUUAAGUUGGUGCAAGAAGAAAAGCUGAAGCCAGUAAUUGAUUCAAAGCAUCCUCUAAGUAAGGCGGAAGACGCUUGGGCCAAGAGCAUCGAUGGCCAUGCCACUGGGAAGAUUAUUGUGGAGCCCUAGUUUUAUACAAUUCAGUGAGUGGGGUCGCUUAUGAGCCAUGUGUAUAUUCACGAGUAGUCAGUAUUUUGAACAAUGCAAAUGUUGAUGUGAGUUUGUCUUGUCUUUUGCUGUUAAUUUAAAGAAUGAUGUGUGGAGGUCAUGUUGCUGAGCGCUGUAUUUUGUUAUUGAAUAUAAAAUUUUUUGUUUAAUGUGUUCGAAUUACAGAUGAUGCUAUGGAUAUUUAGGAUUUGUGAAUUUUGUUUUUGGAAAUAAUAGUGUUUAUGAAAUGUAUGCUUAAUAUUA